UCAAAACUAGUCUAACAAUUUGUUUGGUUUCCUGUACAAAAAAUGUUUUUAAAUGAUAUUGGACAGCCUUUAAUAUUAAAUCCUCAUAAAACAUAUGGACCUUAUGAGCAACAUAAUGGACCGAUGCUGUUAACAUCAGUCGCGUUCCAGGAUCACAGAGUUCCUUCAAAUUGGUGUGGGCGCAUUAUCGGCUCAGCAGAUGAUGUUGCUCGUUUCCAAAGCGUAUUACCGAAAUCGAAUCAAAGCUAUAAAUACGAUGCUCUUAAGCCCAACGAACCAACCGAAAUUGUAUACGACAAAACCAAGAUCAUGCUGACUUUGAUACCAGCUGGACAGAACGAGGCCAAUGAAAAUGCCACCUUAUAUUAUUUGAAAAAUGACUACAUCAGUGCUCUUAUAGCUGACAAUUUGACCGGCUAUUUAGAUUUCAUACCAAAGGCUGGUGCAUCCUUCCAUCUUGCACUUGGCAACGGCAUCGAUGUCAUGUAUAUUGACGACAUAUGCUAUAUGUCCGAGGACGAUGAAGCACUGGCACAAAGAGAGUAUAUUUAUGCUCUGGUGCAGCUUAUAAGGCCCAAAUAUUUGUACGGAUUACGAUUAGACAAAUUACCAAAGUGUUUGCUCAAUCUGUGCGUUCAGAAGGAUAAGUUGUUAGCCAACGAUUAAUCACAAUAAUUGACACCCAGAAGUACCGUAAAAAUUUUAAUUUACAAGUUAACGCAAUCGGGUAUUGGUAGGUAACUAAAAGCUUUAACUAAUUUUAACGCCGCCGUCUCCAAACUUGCACUAUGCCUUGGUUGCCUUGGCCUUGCUUUUCACUUUCUUUACACGCUUAAGACCAUCCAUUUUGCUCUUCAUAAAUUGUGAGUACAUCGCCAUCAUUGUGGGAACGUCUCCCUGGCGAACCACUGUGGAAAUCUGUUAUUUGACAUACAAGUGAACUGUUAAGAAGCAGAAUAUAUUAAUAAAAUGCUUUGUUUAC